UCUUAUCAGUCAGAUAUGAGCAGUAAUUGCCAUAACAACUUUAGUUUAGUUCCAGGGUUCACAUAGUUUGCUUAUAGGAGAGAAAAAAUCUUAAUGUAAUCCCCAUGGUUUUUAAUGUCCAUUUGUGCUCCUGAUGGUGGUAACUCUAAAAGAAAAUUGUCUUCUCUCAAGUGACAUCUUAAAGCAUCUCGCUGCAGUAUCCUUGACAACGGCUCUCAGGUUGUCCUGAAGAAGUUCAAGAGAAUGAGAUGAUGUAUUUUAACAGAUUUAAGAACCGUUUUAAAUAAUAUAUGAUUGCUAGAUACGGAGUAUAUUUUAGAACAAAAAACAUUUAGUUUUAAUCCUAGACUCGUUUAAAGAGUCCAGUGUUUCAAAGAAAAACCCGUAAAGUCGUCUGAAAGAUAAACACUCACCGGUGACCUUGGAAAUAAUGUAUAUGACCCAAAUUUCUAGAAAAAAAAAACAUGUUUUUGGCUUGUAUAAAUAAUUUUUCUCGGCUAGAAAAAAAAAAAGACAGUCGUGACAAAGAAAUGGUGAGUGAACUUUCUCGCGUGUCUCUACGUAACUUGACAUUCUGCGAACUUGAGCGGGAUAAGGGCAAUGACAGAGAAACGAGCGCGCGCGUGACCGCCAGCACUCGCAAGCACUGCAUACUACUAGUAAAGCCGGUGACUAGCAGAACACCACUAACUAGUUGUGUCGGGAAACUAUGGGAUGGAUUGCUAUGGCAACCGACCACACGUCACAAUCUGGGCAUUGAUGCCCGGAUCGCUGAGCAAUGAAGAAGAGGGGCAAGACGAUAUGGAUUUUGAAGACGACGUGCCAGAUGAGGAUGAAGAAGGUGAGCGUGAGAGGUCGAGCGUAAGGAGCGUCCCCCUGUCACCGCUAGAGAGGUUCUUCCACGAGGACUCUGUUAAUCAGCAUAAGAAAAAGAAACCAAGCAAGAUAACAGAGGGCAAAGAAGAAAAGCCCAAACUGAAGAAAAAGAAGAAAAAGGAGGGCCUUCCUUGCGAGCUGGACGACAUGUCUGACAGAGAAGACCGCGGUCACAGAUCCGGGAGCGAGAGCAGCACCUACGGUACCCUGAAGAAGAAGAAAAAGAAACCCAAAGAGAAGAAAGAGAAGAAAACCAAACAGCGGAAGAAAGAUGAAGACGAUGAUGACGAUGAUGACGAUGAUGGAAGCAUGAAGGAACCAAAGUCAUCCAGUCAGCUGAUGCAAGAAUGGGGACUUGAAGACGUGCAGUAUGCUUUUUCAGAGGACGACUAUAAAACGAUCACUAACUACAAAGCCUUUAGCCAGUUUCUUAGGCCCCUUAUUGCCAAGAAGAACCCCAAGAUCCCCAUGUCGAAAAUGAUGACGGUGCUUGGAGCAAAAUGGAGAGAGUUCAGCGCAAACAACCCUUUCAAAGGCACCUCUGCAACUGCUGUGGCCGCGGCUGUGGCGGCUGCUGUGGAAACGGUCAAUGUGGCCCCGCCCAUCUGUAUUAGAAGUAUCCAACAGAUCUCACCAUCUGGACCAAUCAAAAAAGCCAAAACCAAAGAGGGAAAGGGGCCUGGUGCUAAGAAAAAAAGCAAGCCAGGGAAAGAAACAAAAAAGAAAGGGAAACCGAAGAAGUCCAAAUCGAAAGCAGGCCAGGGUGGAAAAAGGAAAAAAGGCUCUUCGAGUGAGGAGGACUUCCUGGAUGACUUUUCUGACUUCGAUGACAUCAGCAUUCACAGUGCCUCUGUACGCUCAGACACGUCAGCACCACCGAAAAAGAAAACAAACCGGCGUGGACGGAAAAAAAGAAAAAGAGAGGAUGGAGACGGUUACGAGACAGACCAUCAAGACUACUGUGAAGUUUGUCAACAAGGAGGAGAGAUCAUUCUAUGUGACACCUGUCCCAGAGCAUAUCACCUGGUGUGUCUGGAUCCAGAACUGGAAAAAGCCCCUGAGGGAAAAUGGAGCUGCCCCCAUUGUGAAAAAGAAGGCAUCCAGUGGGAAGCCAAAGAUGAUGAGGAGGAGGAAGAUGAGGCUGCAGGUGAGGAGGAAGAUGACCAUAUGGAGUUCUGCAGAGUUUGUAAGGACGGGGGAGAGCUGUUGUGCUGUGACACCUGCCCUUCCUCGUAUCACAUCCACUGCCUCAACCCACCACUGCCGGAGAUCCCCAAUGGAGAGUGGCUUUGUCCACGGUGCAUGUGUCCACCACUAAAAGGGAAAGUCCAAAAGAUCCUACACUGGGCAUGGGGGGAUCCUCCUCUACCUCCCGAAGUUACUCUUGGGCAAGAUGGAGAGAAGGUGGAUAGUUUAGCCAAACCCCCACUGAAGGGCCGUCCAGAGAGGCAGCUGUUUGUGAAAUGGGCUGGGCUGUCUUACUGGCACUGCUCGUGGGUCAACGAACUACAGUUGGAACUAUAUCACACAGUAAUGUACCGUAACUAUCAGCGCAAGAACGACAUGGACGAACCACCUCCAUACGACUAUGGCUCUGGGGAGGAGGAGCUUAACAAUGAAAAGAGGAGGAGCAAAGAUCCUCAUUAUGCAGCCAUGGAGGAACGAUUCUACCGUUACGGCAUCAAGCCAGAGUGGAUGAUUAUUCACAGAAUUGUUAACCACAGUUUUGAUAAGGACGGAGAUGUACACUACCUGAUAAAGUGGAGAGACAUGCCAUAUGAUCAGUGCACCUGGGAGACUGAUGACUUCGAUGUACCAGAAUACGACAGUUUUAAGCAGGCCUACUGGGACCACAGGGAGCAGGUGCUUGGUGAGAGCCAACACCCACUGCUGUUCAGAAAAGGAAAGCGUCUAAAAGAUGAAGGAAAGAGGAGAGAACCCCCUCCAGACACUCCGGUUGUGGAUCCCACCAUCAAAUUGGAACAGCAAACCUGGUAUAUCGAUGACACAGGGGGCACUUUGCACCCGUACCAGCUAGAAGGCCUGAACUGGUUGCGCUUCUCAUGGGCUCAAGGAACUGAUACGAUCUUGGCCGAUGAAAUGGGGCUUGGCAAGACUGUGCAGACUAUAGUGUUCCUGUACUCCCUCUACAAAGAGGGUCACUCCAAAGGGCCCUUUCUGGUCAGCGCACCACUGUCCACCAUCAUUAACUGGGAAAGAGAGUUUGAGAUGUGGGCUCCGGAAUUCUAUGUGGUGACUUACACUGGGGACAAAGAGAGCAGGGCCGUCAUACGUGAGAAUGAAUUUACCUUCGAGGACAGUGCAGUCAAAACAGGACGCAAGGUUUUCCGCAUGAAGAAGGACACUCCAAUAAAGUUUCAUGUGCUGCUGACAUCAUAUGAAUUGAUCACCAUUGAUCAGGCUGUUCUUGGCUCUAUUACCUGGGCCUGUCUGGUUGUAGACGAGGCCCACAGGCUGAAGAAUAACCAAUCAAAGUUUUUCAGGAUUCUGAAUGGCUACAAAAUCUACUAUAAGCUGCUCCUGACUGGAACCCCUUUGCAGAACAAUCUAGAAGAGCUUUUUCACCUGCUCAACUUUCUCACACCUGAGCGCUUCAAUAACCUGGAAGGUUUUCUGGAAGAGUUUGCGGAUAUCUCAAAAGAGGACCAGAUUAAAAAACUACAUGACUUACUGGGACCACACAUGCUCAGGAGGCUGAAGGCAGACGUGUUCAAGAACAUGCCAUCGAAAACCGAGCUCAUAGUGCGAGUAGAGCUAAGCCCGAUGCAGAAGAAAUACUACAAGUUCAUUUUAACACGGAACUUUGAAGCGUUAAAUUCCAAGGGAGGUGGCAAUCAAGUGUCGCUUUUGAACAUCAUGAUGGACUUGAAGAAAUGUUGCAACCACCCCUACCUGUUUCCAGUGGCUGCAGUGGAAGCUCCUGUCUUACCAAACGGUUCGUAUGAUGGUAACCACCUGGUGAAAUCCUCAGGCAAACUCACUCUGCUUCAAAAGAUGCUCAAAAAUCUCAAGGAUGAAGGCCACCGAGUUCUUAUCUUCUCUCAGAUGACAAAGAUGUUGGACCUGCUUGAGGACUUCCUGGAGUUUGAGGGGUAUAAAUACGAGCGUAUUGACGGGGGCAUCACUGGGGGAUUGCGUCAAGAGGCCAUUGAUCGUUUUAAUGCACCCGGGGCGCAGCAGUUCUGUUUUUUACUUUCUACACGUGCUGGUGGAUUGGGUAUCAAUCUGGCAACCGCAGACACAGUGGUCAUAUAUGAUUCUGACUGGAACCCACACAAUGAUAUUCAGGCAUUCAGCAGGGCACACCGUAUCGGGCAAAAUAAGAAAGUAAUGAUCUAUCGUUUCGUAACACGGGCAUCCGUAGAGGAGCGUAUCACCCAGGUGGCCAAGCGAAAAAUGAUGCUGACACACCUUGUGGUGCGACCAGGCCUGGGCUCCAAAACGGGCUCUAUGUCCAAACAGGAACUGGAUGAUAUCCUGAAGUUUGGAACAGAGGAGCUUUUUAAAGAUGAUGUUGAGGCUGCAAGGACUAUGGGAGAUAAUAAAGACGGAGAGGAGGGCAGUGUGAUCCACUAUGAUAAUGAUGCCAUCUCUAAACUGCUGGACCGCAGUCAGGAUGCCACAGAAGACACAGAGAUCCAGAACAUGAAUGAGUACCUCAGCUCCUUUAAAGUGGCUCAGUAUGUAGUAAGAGAGGAAGACGAAGAGGAGGAGGUCCAGAGAGAGAUUAUUAAGCAAGAAGAGAAUGUUGAUCCAGACUACUGGGAGAAGCUCUUGAGGCACCAUUACGAGCAGCAGCAGGAAGAUUUGGCUAGAAACCUGGGCAAAGGAAAACGCAUCCGCAAACAGGUCAACUACAAUGACGCCUCCCAGGAGGACCAAGAGUGGCAGGAUGAUCUCUCAGACAACCAGUCUGAAUAUUCAGUUGGGUCUGAGGAUGAGGAUGAAGAUUUUGAGGAGCGUCCUGAAGGAGGACGCAGACAUUCUCGCAGACAGUUAAAGAGCGAUCGAGACAAACCGUUGCCACCGCUGCUGGCGAGAGUUGGAGGAAAUAUAGAAGUGCUGGGAUUUAACGCCCGGCAAAGGAAAGCCUUCCUAAACGCCAUCAUGCGCUGGGGGAUGCCCCCACAAGAUGCCUUCAACUCUCACUGGCUCGUCCGUGACCUGAGAGGGAAAAGUGAGAAGGAAUUCAGGGCUUAUGUGUCUCUGUUCAUGAGGCACCUGUGUGAGCCUGGGGCAGAUGGAGCUGAGACGUUCGCUGAUGGGGUCCCAAGAGAGGGGCUGUCCCGCCAACAUGUUCUCACCCGGAUCGGUGUCAUGUCUUUAGUCCGCAAGAAGGUUCAGGAGUUUGAGCAUGUGAAUGGGAAGUUCAGCACACCAGAUUUAAUUCCUGUUGGAUUAGAGUUUAAAAAACUCAACGAAAGCAUCUCAUCGGACCCCAACACACCCGUCCCGGCAAGUCCGGUUCCAACUCAACCCAGCACUCCUGUCUCCUCAGACAAGACUGAGUUAGUAUCCGGUUCUCAAGAAGACAAGGAGAUUACAGAACCAGAGAGCGCCAAAUCAUCAGACCCUGAGCCAACUAUGCCAGAACCCUCCCCUGCGCCAGAGAAGAUCAAUGAGAGUGAAGAGACGAAAAGCAGCAACGUAGGGGAGAAACGACAGGAAGAGAGUGUGAAAAGUGACACCCCACCUGUCAAUUCAGAGCCAUCGUCCAAUCAAACACAGCUGUCCACUAAAUCUAGUGAGCAGUCAGCCAAUCAGACAGCUUUAGACUCUGGUAAAGGGAAAGAAACUUCUCAUGAGAGAGGUGAAAAUAAACACAGUCCAGCAAAAUCCGAAGAAAAGGAGCCAAAAAGAGCUAAUCCAGAUGACGUGAAAUCCGAAGAACCUUCUGAGAACCAGCUGAACGGAGAGAAAGACGUGAGGGACGACACAGACGAGAGCCACAAAGAUGACAAAAACAGCGUCAAGACACGCUUCAUGUUCAACAUCGCAGAUGGAGGAUUCACAGAGUUACACACACUGUGGCAGAACGAGGAACGCGCAGCUGUGUCGUCUGGCAAAAUUUAUGACAUCUGGCACCGUCGCCAUGACUACUGGCUGCUGGCUGGCAUCGUAACACACGGCUAUGCCCGAUGGCAGGACAUUCAGAAUGACCCACGGUAUGCCAUCCUCAACGAGCCUUUUAAGACUGAAAUAAACAAAGGAAACUACUUGGAGAUGAAGAACAAAUUUCUGGCAAGGCGAUUUAAGCUCUUGGAACAAGCUUUGGUAAUUGAGGAACAGCUACGACGUGCAGCCUACCUGAACAUGACUCAGGACCCCAGUCACCCCGCCAUGGCCCUCAACACACGCUUCGCUGAGGUAGAAUGUCUGGCUGAGUCCCAUCAACACCUCUCAAAAGAGUCACUAGCUGGAAACAAGCCAGCCAACGCCGUGCUGCACAAAGUUCUGAACCAGCUGGAGGAGCUGUUAAGCGAUAUGAAGGCCGACGUGACGCGGUUGCCCUCCAUGCUCUCUCGGGUGCCGCCUGUGUCCGCCCGGCUGCAGAUGUCCGAGCGCGGUAUACUCAGCAGGCUCACCAGCCGGGGAAACGAGCCGCCACCUCAGCAGCCGUUCCCUCAGGGCUCGUUUGGAUGUUCUCAGAUGUAUAAUAGCAGUUUUGCCGGAGGGUUCCGAGGACCUGGAGGCACCGCGAUGGUGAACUACAGCCAGAUGCCCCUGGGGCCAUACGUCAGUGUCUCCUCCAAUGGACCCUCGGUCCCAACAAGCCACCUGGAGAAGAGGUCUAGUGAUGUUCUGAGAGAUGUGCCCACCCCUGACCUAAAAUCAGUGAAACCCAGUGAUGUCAUAUGCAUUGAGGACUAAACCACACACACAUAUUGCCCUCUCUCUGUAAAAUACCUGCAGGCAGAACCGUGAAGAACUGAUAAUCAAUAUUAAACAGCAGAUCUUAUCAAUUGCACUUUUGUCUUUAAGAAUCUGCACCUGUACGCGCCUGUAAGCUUCAUUUCGUAGAGUUCAAUUUUGUUUUUCCUUUGUCUUUUUUAACUUCUGCAGUCUUGAUCGAUUAAGGAGAGACUGGAAUCAAGGAGGCCACCAAUAUUUUGACUGUCCUCUGAGAUGUGGGAUAUUUUGUGUUACGUCCUUGUUUUCUUGCGUUAAAGAACAUUUUCAUCUUUGCUAUUGUGGAGCCAUCUGGAGGUUUUACUAGUUCUUGAUCAGUCAAGGACUAGACCACCCACCUCUGGGUACAGUUACAGCCUCUGCUUUGCUCCUUCACGGAUUCUGUGUUGUUGCUGCCCCUGCAGGUUGUUGCUAUGUAUUGCAUCCAAAAACAGAGACUGAUUGUUAUUGGCUCUGGACAAUUUCUGUUUACUUUAUUAAUUAUACUGGAUUGUUUUUUUGGGACUCUUUAAUGAGAAGCGUUUGUGGACCAUAGAAAAGAAAGGAUAAAAGUGAUGUACAUUUUUAUUGUUAAUAUACUUUCUUCUGUUCCAUCUUAAUAUGCAGAUAACUGUGAACAUUCUGGCAGCAUUUGCUUAACCAAUUUGGUCAAUAUGGAUCUGGAUCUUCACAAAUUUGGUGAUGCCAGUGACCGAUGACUAUCAAAUGUUCCUCAGUUUUUCAGUAAUGGAACAAUGCUAUGUGGGGGUAUUAUACAUUUAAAAUAUACUCUGUUAACUGAAUAAUCCAUAUUGUCGUUGUUGUCUUAUCCUUUUUUGCAAAACGUUUUGUGAAACGCUCAAAUUCCGAGGCAAGCAAAUGGAUUAUAAUGCCACAAUUGUUCUGAAGCCAUCAGUCGUGUUGGUUUGCGUUGUUUUUGUUUCACUCUGAAAUGAUAUGCCUUGUGUAACUGUGUUUUUAAGCAGCGCACUUUACAUGGAGGCUGGACACGUCUGUAGAGACGGAAUCUCUUAUGGGCAAUUUCAAACGCAGUAUAACCUCUUUCAAUAAUAACUCUUAGACUCAGUUUAUUUAAGUCUGUGAUAUUAGUCAUGUUAAUUCCUCAAAUGUAGAUAAAGUAUUUCUGUUUGUUUUCUGCAUAGUAGUUUUAACUUAAGGGUUCGAGAUCAAUUUCAUUUUUGGGUGGACAACGAAUGUGGAAAAUAAUGCAGUUAAAUGUUCACACACAUGCUAGAAAAACCUCAGAAGACUUCAAAGACAAAGACAGCCUCAAGAAUUAAGGGACGUUAAACCCAAGGGUAUGAAGAGAGUGCCAGCAGCAUAUGUUGUGAAAUGCAGUUUUGUUUUGAUCUUGUGUGAUGAGUUUACACCGUUUCAGUUGUACAUUUUCUCACAGUAUUGAUAAAUCAAGCUCCAUUUAAAUGCAAUCAAACUGAAGCCAAAAUGAAUGUAUUUAGUAUUUAAAGCCGCUUCAGUCUAAUACUAAAAGUCUUUUCAUUCAAGUACAUAGCAGGCUUCAAAAGCUACCAGAAAACCCUGGUCAAGGCAUCUUUUGUUAUUGCAGUCAACAUGUAUGCUUGUAAGAUUACUUCAGAUUACUAUGGACCUGAGAGAUCUUUGUCCUGGUUUAUAAACAGCUAGCAGCGAAACAGUUAACAGUAUUGCUAUAUGAGAUAAGAUAUGGAAAAGAUCUAAGUGAACUGUCAUCAUUUCACUUUGUACUUAGUGUAUUUGUUUAAUGUGUUUUAAUAAAUUCUGUCCAAUAAAAUGAA